AUGGUUGCUGCCUCCAAAAUCGCCUUCUUCGCCCUCGGCGCAUCUAUCGCUCAGGCUACAACCUGCCCAUCCGGCCAGCAGCUAAUCGCCAACAACAAAUGCUGCCCGGGCUUCGCGAUCAUCAGCGGCGUCAACGACAGCGUAUGCUGCGUCCUCGACAGCAACAGCAGCUGUAAGGGCGUCGGUAUCUGCGGGGACGGCACAACCAGCUCCUGCAAGGCCAAGGUCGGGACCACCGACCCUGACUACGACCAAAAGGUCCAGGACGCGCUCUCCGGUACUUCAUCCUCGUCCGCUUCUGGCUCUGCCACUCCUACCCCCACGGCCUCUUCUGCUUCAAGUACCGCUAGUUCUGACUCUAGCUCUGAUUCAGGCUCUUCGACCUCUGGAACUAAGAAGGGUGCUGCGGAGGCGAAUAAGGCGAUGUUGGGUAUGGUUGUUGCUAUUGCGGCUGUUCCUGUUGCCUUUUACGGCCUUUGA